GAGAGGCAGAGUUGUCCUCCUGGCCGCCAUUAAAGAAUUCAAUCCAUGAACUGAAAUAAUGGAAAUCUGCGGGACCCAUGGAUCAGGCUGAGAAGAGUAGCCGAUGAGUAGCCUCGUUGUAUCUGGCAUUUAGUCUGUUUUAAGAGGAGUUUUACUAUGACGGAGCGUCGCGAUGGUUUUAGUGAAAGGGAGGGCGGUGUAGCUAAUUGUUUUAUUUAGCUAGCAAGCUAGCGUUGGAGCGCUGGUAUGUUAGCUUGUGUGCUAACAGGCUAGGAGAGAUCAGGGGGAGGGGAGAGUUCCUUUGCUUUGAAAUUGUUUCAGUUCAGCUAGCUGCUAUUAGCAUUAGCACACCAGAGUCUAAGCUUUUGGGGGUGAAGUUUUUUUUGUUUUCGAUCUCGUAUAUUUAAUUGCGCAUAUAACUUUUCGGGUGUUUGGCUUAGUGUUAUAAUGUCGUAGUCAUGUAAAUGUUGGCUUUUUAAUUAUAUAGGUAAUGUAGCAGCAAGCUUGCGGCUAACCCGAUCAGACAAUACAUUUCAAAUAGGAUUGAUGAACCGAAUAGCUAGAAGCCUACAGUUGACGCUCACUGGCUGCCUGUCUAAUGUUAGCUUAGCCAGCGGUGGCUAGAGCCGGUUAGAAGUUGCCUGCCUGACUAGCGGUAGCUAGCUGUAGCGUUAGCCAGCAAGUUGGCCAGCGCUUUAAACCGAUAAUUACAUCUCAACAUCGCCUCGCCAGCGAGUUAUCUUGAUCGACUGUUGUCGCCGAUGGUGAUUGAGACAAUGGAUUUUAACGUUACGACCACACACUGAAAGGAUGAGUUCGUGCUUUGUACCAAACGGGGCCAGUUUGGAGGACUGCCACUCCAACCUCUUCUGCCUGGCUGAUUUGACUGGAAUAAAAUGGAGGCGGUUUGUAUGGCAUGGGCCCACUUCUUCACCCAUCCUUUUCCCAGUGACAGAGGAGGACCCUAUCUUGUGUAGUUUCAGCAGAUGCCUAGCGGCAGAUGUGCUGAGUGUGUGGAGAAGGCACCACACACCUGGUCGCAGAGAACUCUGGCUUUUCUGGUGGGGGGACGACCCCAGUUUCGCAGAGCUAAUCCACAAUGAGCUGUCAAGUGAGGAGGACGGGGAGUGGGAGAGUGGCCUUUCCUAUGAGUGUCGAACUCUCCUGUUCAAAGCCAUCCACAACCUGCUGGAGCGAUGUCUUAUGAACCGGGGGUUCGUUCGCAUUGGCAAGUGGUUUGUGAAACCAUACCAGAAGGAGGAGAAGACCAUUAAUAAAAGUGAACACCUGUCCUGCUCGUUUACCUUCUUUGUACAUGGGGACAGCAAUGUGUGCACGAGUGUGGAGAUCGCUCAGCAUCAGCCUCUCCAGCGACUUAACGAGGAACACCUGAGCCUCGCCCAGCAGAGCUCCAGGCCCGUGCAAGUAAUCUUGAGCCCAUAUGGCUUGAAUGGGACUCUCACAGGCCAGGCUUAUAAGAUGUCAGACCACCCAACUCAGAAACUCAUUGAAGAGUGGAAGCAGUUUUACCUCAUCAGUCCUAAUCUCAAGGAGGUUCAGGAUGACAAGAUGGAGGAUUCAGACUGGGAGGAUGACUCCUUGGCAGCUGUGGAGGUUCUUGUUGCUGGAGUGAGGAUGGUGUACCCCUCCUGCCUGGUGCUUCUGCCCCUGUCGGAUCUUCCUGCCGUGGUCCCUCAGGGCUCAGCCAACCCCUCAGGAAUCCUGUGUGGUGCUCAGCAGGGCCAGGUUGCUCACAGAGAUCCCGCCAUGUCUUCAGUCACUCUGACGCCCCCGACGUCACCAGAGGAAGCUCAGACUGAUUAUCAGCCUGCCCAGAGGUGGCUAAAGUUGUCCUCAGCGUCUGAUGGCUACAGCUCCGACAAUACAUUUCAUGGAGGUAAAAUCCCGCGCAGGCUGGCCAGCCAGAUGGUGGAGUCUGUGUGGAAGGAAUACAACACGAACCGUACCGGGAACAAGAGGAAGUUUACCACCUUGACGAACGGCACCUGUGAAGAGGAAUCUGAUAAAACGGGACUUUGGGACUUUUUGGAUCCCGCUCAUAGACCACACUGCAGUUGCUUGAGACACAAAAGUCAAAAACAGAGAUCGAGCAGCACCUCAGGACACCCUCCAUCAUCUGGCCAACCUGCACAGCAAACCCCCAAACACAAGCUGGGGGAGAAACUGGAGAAAGGGGAAAAGCAGCAAAAGAGGCCCCAGACGCCUUUUCACCACCGCAACUCUGUGAGUGAGGAGCAGGCCCUGGAACCACAAACCCAGAGGCUUUGUUUACGAUCACAAGAGGAAGGAUCAUACCCCAGCCUGCACCACGUGGACACGGCGUCCUCAAAAGCUCCUACACUGCACACGCACGGCCCCCCAGCGGACAUUGUUGGAUCGCCCCCUCCCCCUCCACUCAGCCCGCACCCCUGCGACCAUGUAGAAGGUGAUAUUACCCCAGGUGGCACAAAGAGCUCAUCUACGCCCAUUCAUCAGCCAUUCUACCCGCCGUCAGUGGAGCCCUGUCUGCUGCCACAGAAGGGCUCAUCUGAGGAGCCUUCGCUGGAGGACAUGCCCAUGCCUCUGACUUUCCCCCCAGCCUUCAAUGAAACCCUGGAGCCCACCGUCUUUGUAGGUUCAGCCAUCAACCCCAAUGAAGACUCAGCACACAACCCAUGGAAAUACUUUAACCUGCCCAGGAAGAAGGCCUUCAACUUCCAGACUCCCCAACUACCUGUGGAUAAAGUACGAGAAGAUUAUGGAGGAGGUGGUGGUGCAACAGAAAGUCUAGUGUCUGUUACUGAGUUGAUGUCAGACUCCACACAGCCACUGAAGGUGUCCCACGAGCUGGUCAAAGCUUACGCCCAGCGGAGAAACAGCCAUCUCGCCACCGUCACAGGAGACGGAGAACAGAACGAGGAGCCUGACCCUUAUGCCUUCGUAGAGGGAGAUGAAGAAUUCAGCUUCCCAGAGAAGAAGGACAAGCCUGGUGCUGAGAGAGAGGGCAACAAGAAACACAAGGUGGAUGAAGGAAAUGCGACAUCACCAGAUGGUGAGCUUUCUUUCUAUUACUGUGUUGCUUUCCUGAGAGGGACAUUUAAUUUAACGAGAUGUUCAGAGUUCGGUGUCUUAUUAAAGGUCUUAUGUUCCAUUUUGUUUUGUUGCGCAGACGGUCAGGGUCCAUCAGGCAGUAAACCUUCAACCUCAACCAGCCUCAUCCAUGAGAAUGACUUGGCUGUGUCCUACAGUGACUUGGAUAAAAUUUUCAAUUCUGAUGAGGACGAGCUAGCGCCUGGAUCUAAAAGAGCCGGAGUUGGCACAGAGGACAAGUUUGGUUCUAAAGAAACUAAACCAACCACGCUGGACCCCCUAUCUUGCUUAAGUUCAGCAGACCUGCAUCAGAUGUUUCCCACCCCGCCUUCCUUGGAGCAGCAGGGUUACUCUCCCAUGAAUUCCGGGAGCAAGGAUAACCUAGAAGCAGGGGCCGGCCUCGCCCUGCUGGACAGCAGUCAGCUCAACAGCCAUUUCAAAAUGGAGGUGGAGGAGGGUUUCUGCAGCCCAAAGCCAUGUGAAAUAAAGGACUUCUCCUUUGUAUACAAGCCAGACUCGUGUCAGCCGCUCGUCGGCUGUUCUAUGUACGCUCCCAUAAAGACACUACCUAGCCAGUGUCUGUUGCCCAUCAAACUACCAGAAGACUGUGUGUACACACCCAGCUGGACCCUGGGCAAAAUGGAAAUGAUUCCCUCUGUGACAAACGUCAAUCUCCUUCCCAAAGACACCAGUGUGGAGCCAGACUACAAUCAGACCUACACCCCUCAGACCCACACACCCUUCAUGUCCGGCAGUGCUCCACCCAGCAACAGUGGCACAGGCAUCCUUCCCUCGCCGGCAACACCGCGCUUCUCUGUGCCAACCCCACGAACACCACGCACUCCUCGUACGCCCCGUGGACCGGCUAGCGUCCAGGGUUCCAUCAAGUACGACAACUCUGACCUUUACUCCCCAGCGUCCACACCUUCCACCUGUCGACCCCUCAGCUCCGUGGAGCCGGCCACUGUACCCUCCAUUCCCGAGGCCCACAGCCUGUAUGUCACACUCAUUCUCUCGGAGUCUGUCAUGAAUCUCUUCAAGGACUGCAACUUCGACAGCUGCUGCGUUUGCGUCUGUAACAUGAACAUCCGGGGUGCAGAUGUUGGCGUGUACCUCCGGGACAAUGGCGAGGCCCAGUACCCCUGCACUUGUGGUUUCAGCGCUGUCACCAAUCGACGCUUUGGCCAGUCAGCCGGGCUUUUCCUGGAGGAUGAAUUGGACGUGGUGGGACGGGGCUCAGACGCUAGUCGGGACACAGAGCGGCAUUUUGAAGAGCUUCGAGCUUCCACAAUGCACAAGGCUGGCAGCUUGAAAGAGAAGCCUCCAGAUGAGCUCAUACUUCUGCUGCAGGACCAGUGCACUAACCCCUUUGCCCCAAUGGCCGGCGUGGACUACCCCAAGCUAAGCUCGGUCCCUAGUUCAUUUCUGAGGGUCGAAGAAAGAGACUGUUAUAAUGACUGCUACAUGGCAUUGGAGCAUGGCAGACAGUUCAUGGACAAUAUGUCAGAAGGGAAAGUAGAUGAAACACUAGUGAAAAGCACCUGUCUUCAUCAGUGGCCAAAGUGCAAAACAGCAGAUAUGAACAAGCUGUACUCUCAGGAUGUCCUGCGGGUGCUCUUGUCCCUCCAGCCGGUGCUGCAGGACACCAUUCAGAAGAAGAGGAGUGUUCGAUCCUGGGGAGUUCAAGGGCCACUCACCUGGCAACAGUUCCACAAAAUGGCAGGGAGGGGGUCAUAUGGUACAGAUGAGUCUCCUGAGCCUCUGCCCAUCCCGACUUUUCUGGUCGGUUAUGAGUAUGAAUUUGUGGUGCUGUCCCCCUUUGGGUUGCCCUACUGGGAGAAGCUCGUCUUGGAUCCUUUCGGUUCUCAGAGAGAUGUUGGAUAUGUCGUCCUGUGCCCAGAAAAUGAGGCUCUGCUCCGUGGGGCAAAAACCUUUUUUAAGGACCUGAGUACUAUCUAUGAGGCAUGUCAGCUCGGGCAACACAGGCCCAUCUGUAAGAGCCACCCAGAGGGCAUUUUGAAGGUCGGCUCCACAGAAGGCAAGCGCACGGCGGAACAGCCACUUAGUGACUGGUUCCUCAAGAUGGCUGCCAGGGACGGAAACAAUGAAGCCUUUAAUAAGCUCAAAGUUUUUGCUCAAGUGUGCCGUUAUGAGCUAGCAUCGUAUUUGUCAGAGCAGUCUUUGGAUAGCUCUCUGUUGUCCCAACGCAGCCCUGUUGCAGCUGCCUCCACAUCCUCCCAGACAGCCAGCUCUUCCAACACAGCCUCAGGACCCCAGAGCACCAACACUACUAGCUCUAGCGCCAGCUCUGCCCAGUCUAUCCAGGUCAACAGCACCCCUCCCUCCUCCUCAGUCUCCCAGAAUGUCGGCGGGAUGUCCUCAGCCAAGCCAAGCUCCUACUCAAUGUUUGGGACGGCAGGCUUGCAGGGCAGCACAUCCCAGAACGGACCCCAGUCAAACUCGCAGGGUGCAGGGCCGCUAGCAGAAAACGGACCAUCCGCAAACCAGCCUCAAGUUCCAGCUGAGGCGCCAGAGAGCACAAUGGAGAGAGACAAAGUGGGUAAGCCAACAGAUGGGGAAUCCCACGCGGUGUCGUACCCACCAGCCAUCGUGGUUUACAUCAUCGACCCGUUUAGCUACGAAGAUGCAGACAGAGAAGUCCACUCCAGCGCCUACACGGUGGGCCUGCUGCGCUGCUAUAUGGAGAUGCUGCAGUUCCUGCCUGCUCACAUCAGGAACGCAGUCUCAGUACAGAUUGUUCCCUGCCAGUAUCUGCUGCAGCCAGUGCGCAGUGGUGAGCGCCACCUCUACAGCCAGCACCUCAAGUCUCUGGCCUUCUCUGUGUUCACUCAGUGCCGUCGGCCUCUCCCCAACUCCACCAACUUCAAGGCUCUGACGGGCUUCGGCCCUGGUCUUGCCAUUGACAUGGCUCUCAAGAACCCAGAGAGACCCGAGUGUCUCCGUCUGUACACACCGCCCUUCAUUCUGGCGCCGGUAAAAGACAAGCAAACGGAGCUCGGGGAGACGUUCGGCGAAGCAUCUCAGAAGUACAACGUCCUGUUUGUCGGCUACUGUCUGUCCCAUGACCAGCGCUGGCUGCUGGCUUCCUGCACGGACCAACAUGGAGAAAUGCUGGAGACCUGCAUCAUUAGUAUUGAUGUACCCAACAGGGCUCGCAGGAAAAAGGGCUCAGCCAGGCGACUGGGUUUGCAGAAGUUGUGGGACUGGUGCCUGGGCCUGGUGCAGCUAACAUCGCUGCCUUGGAGGGUGGUCAUUGGACGGCUUGGCCGAAUGGGCCAUGGAGAGUUGAGAGAUUGGAGUAUUUUGCUGAGCAGAAGGAACUUGCAGUCUCUCAGUAAACGGCUGAAGGAGACCUGUAGGAUGUGUGGCAUCUCUGCCGCUGACACGCCCAGCAUCCUGAGCGCCUGUCUGGUUGCCAUGGAGCCCCAGGGUUCCUUUGUUGUCAUGCCAGACUCGGUGUCAACAGGUUCGGUAUUUGGCCGCAGCACCACACUCAACAUGCAAACAUCGCAGCUGAGCACUCCUCAGGACACAUCGUGCACUCACAUCCUGGUGUUCCCCACCUCAGCCAUGGUGCAGGUCAACACUAACACGUCAGAACCCGACUUCAAUCCCAUAAAUCCUGAUGGAUCUGAUGGAAUGGGCAUUUUUGAUUUGUUUGACAACGACAUGGUGGAUCCAGACCUCAUCAAUAUUCUGCCCAACUCCCCCACAACCUCUCCCGUUCACUCCCCUGGCUCCCACUACCACCAGGGGGGAGAUGGAAGCAAGGGCCAGGGUGCAGACCGCAUGGAGUCCCACGAAGAGGCUCUCAACAUCCUACAGCAGCCAAUGGCCCUGGGCUACUUUGUUUCCACAGCAAAGGCUGGACCACUGCCGGACUGGUUCUGGUCGGCCUGCCCUCAAGCCCAGAACCAGUGCCCACUCUUCCUUAAAGCCUCUCUGCACUUGUCUUCUGUCCAAUCAGACGAGUUUCUCCACAGCAAACACUCCCACCCCCUAGAUUCUAACCACACCUCUGACGUGCUCAGAUUUGUUCUAGAGCAAUACAACGCCCUCUCCUGGCUGACAUGUGACCCUGCAACCCAGGACCGGCGCUCUUGCCUGCCUGUUCACUUUGUGGUGCUCACCCAGAUGUACAACUUUAUCAUGAACAUGCUCUGAACUCUAAUGGGAUCAAACUGCUGACGUAUGAUUUGAAUGGAUCGGUCGGAUGCCCAACACACAAAGGACCUCGCACUCCGACAGGGCAAAUGUGGAGAAAGCCUCCUCUUCAUAUUGCCCUCCUCUUCCUCCUCCCUGGUGUCUCUCGCAUAACACUGACUGGAAGUUUCCAAUCAAUCAAUCAAUCAGAUGCCAAGAAUCCAUUUUAGCAUUUUGGAAGAUCAAGGGACGUUUCAUAGAGGAGAAUUGUCUUUUUAAUGACUGUAGAUUUCAAUCUAUGAAAUUUUAUCUUAAUGAAAUGCCUGCAUAUAUUAUUUAUUGUAAGUUUUUAAAUGUGGAAUUUUUAAUGCUUAAUAUCUUUUAUAUAUUACAAAUCCUAAAGGGUGUGUACAUCUCACUGUAAAGGAAUUGGUUGAAAAACUGUAAUUUUCUCAAAUACAACAAGGAAGAACCUGCUCCAGUGAAUUUGCUGUAGAUUGCCUUUAGAAUAUUAUUUUUUCAAAGGGUACACACCUUUUUAUUGCCAUGCUGUAAAAAUGAAGUAAAAGCUGGCCUGGGCAUUUGCAUCCCACACAGAGUGGAUGAGACUUUACCUCUGUCUGCUUUAGCUCCAGAGUCUCUCGCACAGUAACUCAAUGAGCUCUGAAGAGGAAAUUAAAAGGUACAUUGUCAGAUUAUAUAUUUUAUAUAACAGAUUUAGGUAAUUGUGUGUAUAUGUGUACAUAUAAUUGUGUGCCGCUACUGAUGGUGCAGCUUCUGUUUUAGGAAUAAAGUGCGUCUACCUUA